UCACUGUAUUUAAUCUCACCUUCAAAUGGAAUAAAACCCUAAAAGGGUUCUCGUUUGGAGCAAUCGCCGCCGGAUUGAUCUCAGCUGUCCCCGCUCUUGUUCACUAUAUCUCAAAUCCUUCUUCUUGAUCUCAUUUCAGCUGCGGGAAACCAAUAUUUUCCCCUCUUUCAGUUUUGAAUUUAUUUUUUUCUUUUUUUCAUCGUCACUCUCUUCUCGCCAUUUGUAAUUUGAUAUGUUUGCUGCUGCUGUUGUUAUUACAUGAAGCAUGUGUCGGAGAAUUUUCCGUAACUUGGUAGAAUUUAGGUUGUAGUGAAGAACUUAAUGCUUUUACAACACCCUUUUGUUUUUGGUCUGGGAUUGAUGGUUUGGUUGUAGAGCUACGGGUUAGGGAAUUGGCGGAACGGAAGGAAAUUUUGGUUUUGAUCAGUUUAGAAUGACUUUUUUCUAGUUGUAAAUAGUGUGUUUAUCGUCGUUUUAGGAUUAUAUAUAAUUUUUGAGGCGUAGCUUUUUGUUGUUGCGCGGAGGCAGUGAUCAGAUAGAGCCAGGAGGGUAGACCGAUGUUUGGUGGUAACGACGGAUCGUUUGGUGAUGAAUUAGAGACGGAGAUAGGGUUAUUGCUUCGUGAACAGCAUCGGCAAGAGGCCGAUGAUCGUGAGCGGGAGCUGAAUUUGUAUAGAAGUGGAUCAGCUCCACCGACUGUUGAAGGCUCUUUGAGUGCGGUGGGUGGUCUGUUUGGCGGUAUUGCUGGCUCUGCUAAUGCCUUUGCCGAGUUAUCUGGUGCUAAGAAUGGAAAUGGCUUCGUGUCCGAGGAGCAGCUUAGGUCUGAUCCAGCUUACUUAUCAUACUAUUACUCAAAUGUGAACCUUAAUCCUCGGCUUCCACCUCCAUUGAUUUCAAAAGAGGAUUGGAAGUCUGCACAGAGAUUGAAAGGGGCAAAUUUGGGUUUAGGAGGGAUUGGAGAUACAAGGCGAUUGAAUGUUGUGGCGGAUAGCGGCGGCCGAUCCUUGUUUUCUAUGCCCCCUGGGUUUAAUGCUAGGAAACAAGCAUCUGAGGUCGAGUUGGACAAGGGGCGUGGCUCCACUGAGUGGGGUGGUGACGGGCUGAUUGGUUUGCCUAGUUUAGGACUUGGAACCAAACAAAAAAGUCUAGCUGAAAUAUUUCAGGAUGACUUGGGGCGCACAACUCCUGUUACAGGGCUGCCAUCUCGUCCAGCCAGCCGCAAUGCCUUUGACGAAAAUGUUGAGCCUGUAGGUGGAACUGAAUCUGAGCUAGCCAAUUUGCGUCAUGACUUGAUGAUGUCUGAAGUUAUGCGAUCUGGUUCAAAUGGACAGAGUUCAUCUGCUGGUCAAAGCAUAGGAGCACCUUCUUCGUACACUUAUGCUGCAGCCGUGGGCGCUUCAUUGUCAAGAAGCAAUACACCUGAUCCUCAACUUGUUGCAAGGGCUCCUAGUCCUUGUCUUACCCCCAUUGGAGGUGGUAGAGUUGCAACUGCUGAAAAGAGGAACAUUUCAAGCCCAAAUUCAUUUAAUGGUGUCUCAUCUGGAAUCAAUGAGUCUUCAGAUCUGGUAUCGGCCUUAUCUGGUAUGAACUUGUCACCGGAUGAUGGCAUAAAUGAAGAAGGUCAUGUGCUAUCUCAAAUCAAACAAGAUAGUAAUAACCAACAGGGCUACGCUUAUGGCCUGCAAGGAGGUCAGAAUCAUAUAAAGCAACAGUCAUUUGCAAAGAAGACCGAGUCCGGGGGUCAACCCAGAUCUUCAUUCUCAGACUUGAAUGACAACAAUGGAGGUGGAACCAACUCCUCCAGAGAUAGGCACGUUGAACUGCAACAGUCUUCUGUUCCUCCUACAAACGCGUUCUUGAAAGGUGGUUCACAUACUUCAUCUCAUAACAAUGGAGCUCAGUAUCAGCAUGUGGAUGGCACAAAUUUGACAUAUCAGAACUUUGGCUUGGGUGGGUACUCAAUUAGUCCACCUUUGGCAUCCAUGAUGCCUGGCCAACUCGGCACUGGUAAUUUACCAACAUUGUUUGAAAAUGUUGCCUCAGCUUCAGCUUUGGGGGCCUCUGGUCUGGAAUCACGAGUUCUUGGGGGAGGUUUAUCUUCUGCAACAAACCUGGCUUCUUCUGCUUCUGAUUCACAUAUUCUUGGUAAAUUGGGAGGUCAAAUAACUGGUAAUGCUCUUCAGGCGUCCUUUGUCGAUCCCAUUUAUCUUCAAUACUUGAGGACGUCUGAAUAUGCUGCAGCACAACUUGGUGCUUUAAAUGAUCCUUCUCUUGAUAGAAAUUAUCUGGGCAAUUCGUAUAUGAAUCAGCUAGAGCUGCAGAAAGCUUACGUGGGAGCCCUUCUAUCACCUCAGAAAUCACAAUAUGCUAUCCCAUAUAGUGGUAAAUCUGGUGUUUCAAAUAAUCAUGGUUAUUUUGGAAAUCCAGCUUUUGGAGUUCACUUGUCUUAUCCUGGCAGUCCUAUGGCAAGUCCUGUCCUUUCUAACUCUCCUGUAGGACCUGGUAGUCCUAUCAGGCACAAUGACCUUCAUUUGCGCUAUCCUUCUGGUACAAGGAACUUAGGUGGCGUUAUGGGUCCUUGGCACCUAGACGUUGGAUGUAAUGAAAGCUUUUCAUCCUCUCUUCUAGAGGAGUUCAAGAGCAAUAAGACAAAAUGUUUUGAACUUUCUGAAAUUGCCGGUCAUGUGUUUGAAUUCAGUGGUGAUCAAUAUGGGAGCCGGUUCAUUCAACAAAAACUUGAAACAGCUACUGCGGAGGAGAAAAAUAUGAUUUAUCAGGAAAUUAUGCCUCAAGCUCUUGCCCUAAUGACUGAUGUCUUUGGUAAUUAUGUAAUUCAAAAGUUUUUUGAGCAUGGACUUCCAUCACAGAGAAGAGAAUUGGCCAAUAAGCUAUUUGGGCACGUACUUACUCUGAGCCUUCAGAUGUAUGGUUGUCGCGUGAUCCAGAAGGCAAUUGAAGUAGUAGAUCUGGACCAAAAGAUUAAAAUGGUUGAAGAGCUUGACGGACAUGUCAUGCGCUGUGUACGCGAUCAGAAUGGAAAUCAUGUUAUACAGAAGUGUAUAGAAUGUGUUCCAGAAGAAGCAAUACAUUUUAUAGUUUCCACAUUUUUUGAUCAAGUUGUGACUCUUUCAACUCACCCAUAUGGGUGUCGCGUGAUACAGAGAGUUCUUGAGCACUGCAAGGAUGAAAAUACCCAGAGUAAAGUCAUGGAGGAGAUUCUAGGAUCUGUUAGCAUGUUGGCACAAGAUCAGUACGGAAAUUAUGUUGUUCAGCACGUAUUGGAGCAUGGAAAACCUCAUGAGCGUUCUGCAAUUAUCAAGGAAUUGGCUGGUAAAAUAGUUCAAAUGAGUCAACAGAAGUUUGCCUCUAACGUUGUUGAGAAAUGCUUAACCUUUGGUGGCCCUACGGAGCGCCAACUACUGGUCAGUGAAAUGCUUGGCACGACGGAUGAAAAUGAGCCCCUUCAGGCAAUGAUGAAAGAUCAAUUCGCAAACUAUGUUGUCCAAAAAGUGCUCGAGACUUGUGAUGACCAACAACGCGAGUUGAUUCUCUCCCGAAUCAAAGUUCAUCUCAAUGCAUUGAAGAAAUAUACUUAUGGGAAGCACAUUGUUGCCCGCGUAGAGAAACUUGUCGCGGCUGGGGAAAGGAGAAUUGCAGCUCAGUCUUCUCCACACCCUUCUUUGGUGACAUAGGAAAGAAAUUAUGUACAGCUAACUGAAGCGGCCGCCAGCCAGAGCGAGCGGACUUCUUCACCUCUUUCCCACUCUUUUCCGUUUAUCUAGAAGAGCAGUAGCUCAACCUCAACCUCAACCUCUCUGUGAAGACAGGUAUGAGCUGAUUGAAAAUAAAACCAAGUUGUUUGUUUGUACUUUGGAAGAAGGAAGCCUGUACAUUUGUAGUUUAAGCUGCUUUAUACGUAGAAAUCGAUCAAUUUCGCGGCACCCCGAUGUCGAAUGGCUGCGAGAUGAGAUAAAAAAAUGGCUGCCUGCUUAUACGUAGUCUUUUUUUUCCUUAAGGGCAUGUAAAUGACUUUCAAAAAUGUUGAGGUAGUUCUUUUUUUAUUUUCUUAUAUGUUUAGCGUGACUGUACAAAAUGUUGCCAUGUUAAGAAGAGCUGUUUAUGUUAGAUUAUUGAGGCCAUAGUUUUCUCCUCAUGUAUGCUUCUA